AACCAUGACCUCUCCCCUCCACCCCCUGACCUUACCAGCUCCCAGAUACAGGCCACUCUGGUGUCACACCAACAUGGACAGUGGGAAGGAAGUGCUGCUCCUGAAGACGCUUCUAGUCCAACACCAGCAGGCACGCAGAUGGCUGAGCCCCUUCAUUGUCACCUGUUCCAUCUACUUCCUUCUCUGGAUUCCUGAGAGCCAGUCGACCUGUGUCAGUGCCCUGGUCAAGAGCCUGCCUGUGCUCUCCCUGGUGGCGUACCUGUGGGCCGUGUCCUCUGGCGGGAGCUAUACCUGGCUCCUCCAGGGGGCUCUUGUGUGCUCGGCUGUGGGGGACGCCUGCCUUGUCUGGCCCGAGACCUUCCUUCAUGGCAUGACCGCCUUCGCCGCUGCCCACUUCCUCUACCUCUGUGCCUUCGGCCUGUCCCCGCUGCAGCCGGCCCUGCUGACGCUCGCCAUCCUGGCCUCUGUGGUGUACUACGGCCUGCUUCUGCUGCACCUCGAGCCGGACAUGUUCCUGCCAGUGGCUUUCUACAUGCUCGUCCUGACCACCAUGCUGUGGCGUGGCCUGGCCCGGGGUGGGAGUGCUGGCUGGGGCGCUCUACUCUUUGCCAUUUCUGAUGGCAUACUGGCCUGGGACAUCUUUGUCCAGCCCCUGCCCUGUGCCCGCCUGGUGACCAUGUCCACCUACUACCUAGGCCAGCUUCUCAUCACCCUGUCAGUCCUCAAGAGCCUGGGGCUCAAGAUGGACUGACCAGGAGCCAGAUGCCAAGUCCCCUCCCUCCCCUCUCCCAAAGACUGACCCAGCCUGAGAAGCGCUGGCGCGCCUCGGAUGUGGCCACAGGUGCUGUCUGUCUCAAGACAUUUGUGUGCUCUUUGUGGAUUUCCAAAUCUGCCCCUGGCUUCAAGCUACCUUCCCUGGGUUUUGGCUCUGACUUGGGGCCUCUCAGCCAGACCCAUGUUCUGCCUUCCCCUGUCUCCCCAUCCACCUGCCCCUUCCCACGGCUCCCAAUAUGUUUUUCUUGUUGCCCAAGUAAAGUGAAUAUUGAAACGUCA